AUGGCUACAGCAAUUUGGAAAGGUUAUGUUCGAUUGCUAGAAAAGUUUCCGCUUAGGACAAUGAGUGUCACAACAGGUAAAUUACAUAAAUGUCCAAUAGAGUAGUACAGGUAGCUUGUAUAAAGUUCCUGUACAACAGAUACACUGGAUGCUUGUCCAGUAUAACUGGUACAUUGUAUAAAUGUCCUUAACAAUUGUCUGAUUGGAUAAAUAUGUCCGUUUUAACCAGAUUGGUUUCCUUAAAUUUCCAAAGGAACAGUUUGGACAUCAAUUGUAUGUCUAUAUUUAUCUUAUUGUUAGGCUUAUUUAUAGGCUCUUCAGGGUUUUGUUUCAAUCAAUCCUCUGAGAAAUAAUGAUGAAAGUAAUAUGCAAUAAAUAUAGUAAAUACAGAAAAAUGUGAUAAGACAUGUAUUAAUUAUGUUUUUAUUAAUCUUAAGAAUAUCAUAGAUCUAAAUUUUCAUUACCAGGUACUUCUUAUGGCAACUGGCGACUGUAUCAGUCAAACUGUGAUAGAGAGAAAGUCACUCAAGGAAUAUGAGGGAAUUCGGAUUGGCAGAUUUUGUGUCUUUGGCUUUUGUGUGUUUGUAAGUUACUGAGGAUUUCCUAAAUCAUGGAGGACCAUAAGUUUAGUUUUUCUUUUUAAUUUUUCACUAAAUUCCUUCUAUGUUUAUAAACUUAUUUGAUUUUUAUGUGGGGUGGGGGGGGUUGUGGUUUUUUUUAAAUUUUAUUUCACCCGUAAAGCCCAGAAAUAUUUGUAUUUGUUUCCUUAGUUAGGGCCCAGCAAGGAUAUGUUUGCUUGUUUCACUAGUUGGGGCCCAGCAAGGAUAUGUUUGCUUGUUUCACUAGUUGGGGCCCUGCGAUAAUAUUUUUGUUUAUAUCAGUAUAAUUGUUAGGGCUCAACAAUAUGUUUUUAUUACACUAGCUAGCACCCACUAAUCUUGUCUUUGAAAAGCUGCCCAGUUAUUACUAUUUUGGUACCAUUCCACUGGCGCCAGCAGUCAUAUGUUUUAUUGCACUGUACGAUAGGCCCCAUCAAUCAUAUCUAUUUUGGUACCAUUCCACUAGGCCGCAUCAAUCAUAUCUUUGAUGAGCUGCCCAGUUAUUACUUUGCUGCUACCACUCCACUAGGGGCUAGCAAUGAUAUGUUUUUAUUUCACUAGCUAGGCCUCAUCAACAAUAUCUUGAUGAGCUACCGAGUUAUAUCUAUUUUGCUACCAUUCCACUGGGGCCCCCGCAUUGAUAUGUUUUUAUUGCGCUAGCUAGGAUCCAUCAAUCAUAUUUUUGAUAAUGUACCGAAAUAUAUAUUUACUUUGCGACCACUCCACUAGGGGCCAGCAAUGAGAGGCUUGUACCUGGUGUUAGAUCGGCUUUAUGCCGGGAAGAAGUUGGCUGCCCUUAAAAUGAUGGCAGUUGACCAGGUAAGCUAA